ACUUUGUUUCCAAGAUAAGAACUUCAGUUCCGUUAUAAUCGGUUCGUCAAACCAAAAGUUUGAACAACAUCCGCACUGUGCAUAACCAAAAUUCACAAUGCAGCCGGCCAACAUGUCCAUUUUUGUAAAAACUCUCAUGUUCGUAAUGAACCAGAGCAACUACCAAAACGAAGACGACUCCUACAACUACUACUUCAUGGAAAUCGGAAAAAGUAUUGUUCCAGCCAACAACGCUUCAAAGUGCUACGGUAGUUACGGGUGUUUUCAAUUAACGCCACCGUGGACUUCCGAACAUCGACCGGUUUCGCUCUUCCCCGAAGAAUUAGAAAAGACGGAGCCGAGGUUUCCCUACUACACUAGAAAACAUAGGACGCCGUCAUAUGUGCUCGAUUUAAACGACUUCGACGUUUUCGGGGACUCAGACAUCGAUUUCUUCAAGCCUAUUUAUGUGAUCGCACAUGGGUACAUGGAAGGCGGCGGAAUCCCUUGGGUUUUAGAAAUGGCCAACGAAUUUUUAGACCUUGAGGACUGCUCGGUGAUCGUUGUGGACUGGCAUGGGGGUUCUGGGCCCCAUUACACGCAAGCGGUGGCGAAUAUCAGGCUCGUAGGAGCUGUAACUACCCAUCUCAUAUACGAACUGUCGAAAAAGACAGGGUAUAAAAAAUUGGAUCACGUGCACUGUGUUGGUCACUCUCUGGGGGCUCACAUGUGUGGCUACGUCGGAUAUGCCUUACAACAGAAUUAUAAUUUAACGCUAGGACGUAUUAGUGGUCUAGACCCAGCCGAACCGCACUUCGCCAACGCUAAACCGCCCAUUCGGUUGGAUCGUAGUGCCGCCUAUUAUGUGGAUGUGGUCCACACCGACGCCAGUCACUUUAUUCGAGGAGGUUUAGGAAUAAUAGAAAAAAUUGGACACGUGGAUUACUAUCCUAAUGGGGGUAGUAACCAGCCGGGGUGUGGUAAAAGUGUGGCUCAAUACAUUGCAGAUGCAAAAGGAAGUUUCUUCUUGGGUAUACGCAGGUACUUGGGAUGCAACCAUUUGAGAAGCCAUGAGAUUUUUUUUGAAAGUAUUAAACCGAAGGGAGGGUGUCGAUAUUUGACAGUGAGGUGUCCUUCAUAUGAGGAGUUCUUGGCUGGGAAAUGUUUUGACUGUGGCAGGAGAAACGAACGAUGUAUCCGAUUUGGUUAUCACGGGCGAAAAGAUUACAACGACUUAAUCAGAAAACAAUUAAUUAAGCCAGAUACUAACCUAGUAAUGUAUUUGAUAACAGGAGAAAAACGACCUUAUUGCAGAGCUCAUUACAAAGUAACAGUAAAAAUUUCAACAUCCGACGAAAGUGUGCGACAUGGAGGCGAAGUCGGCCAAUUAGUUUUCACCAUGCAUUCUACAACUGAUGGUAAAGGUCCCAAAACCAUCUCGGCACCUUUAAACAAAGGUGGCUACCACGAGCCCGGAAAAAUAUACACAGCAAUAGUUCCGACCGACCAAAUUUCAAAACUAAAAGCUGUAGAAGUGGAAUGGCAACAUCAAAAUAGCGUUUUCAACCCAUUAACGUGGAGGAUUUUGGCCGUACCUAUGAUCUACGUAGAAUUCAUCAAUAUAAUCGCUCUUGAAAUUGGAGAAAGCAUCACGGUGUGUCCUAAAGAUAAAAAACCUCUUCAGAACUCAAAACCAAGUUUCAUGAUCCCAUCAUACUGUUGAAGUUUGAAUGAAGUUUUCCUCUAAAAAUAACAACUAAUGUGUUUGUUGUAGUUUUUGCAUUAGUUGAUAUGUAUGCCGUCCUAAUCAAUGAGGGAAACAUCUUGUAAAUAUUUAAUUAAGUAUUAUUUAUUAAAUAAAGAUUACUCUGAAACAGUAAUGGCUAGUUGUUUCGUCUUCUGGUUAUCAAACUUAUCCAUCGUUUUAAUUUCGCUGAUUGCGAUUAGCGCUAUAAUUAACCCUAGUCCUAAAAU